UUAGAGCGCCAGUUAUUGCUCUAAACGACGCCUGUUGCGCUCGCCGCAGCGUUUCCCCUCGGUCUGAUCUCGCUCCUUGCAGGCGAAAGAGGCGAUCGGGCAGGGUGCGUCGAAGCACGCACUGGUGGCCCGCGACCUGCACAAGUGGUACGACGACGGAUACGUGGUGUGCGGCCUGUCGCUGGAGCUCAAGCAAGACGAGUGCCUGGGCCUGUUGGGCGUAAACGGUUGCGGCAAGAGCACCGUGGCGCGCAUGCUUUGCGGCCUCACCAGCAUGAGCAUUGGCGAGUGCCGCAUGCCAGGCGUCCAGCUGUCCGACUCGGUCAGAGAGUGGCAGUCCCACCUUGGUUACUGCCCUCAGGACGACGCCCUGAUGGACGCCUUCACAGGCAACGAGAUCCUCGGGUUCUUCGCCCGACUGCGCGGAGUGCCCGAAGACAAGGUCCGUGUCCUCGUCGACAGCGCCGCCUUCGUCGCCUACGUAGGCGACGACGGGCUCCAGCUGUGCGAGACGUACAGCUCAGGCACCAGGCGCAAGCUAUCGACUGCAGUGGCGGUCAUCGGCUGUCCGAGGGUCGUCAUCCUCGAUGACGCUACCGGCGGCGUCGACCUGGUUGGCCGAGAAAUGAUUUACGAAACGCUCCAGGACAUCACCCGCGUGGGCGCCAGCGGAGUCCUCUUCACCUCGCGCAGCACGGAAGAGUGCAAGAUGGCGUGCCAUCGCGUGGGCAUCAUGGCGGGCGGCGAGCUGAAGGCACUCGGCACUAUGGAGCAGCUGAAGGACACGUUCGCCAGGGGCUGCACCAUCAGCUUCCGCAUCUUCGAGAAGUUCACCGGCUACGUUGGCACCGCGGUCGACAAGGGCGUGCAACAACUCUUCCCGGGUGCCAGGCAAGCCGAAUGCCGGGAGGGCGUGUUUCUCUACUACAUCGACUACCGCCUUCCCUGGAGUCGCGUCUUCUCGCGUAUCAACAAGCUGCGCCGCUGGUUCGUGGUCGAGUCUGUGCUCGUCUCGGAGAGCUCGCUCGACGAGGUCCUGCUGGGCAUGGCGCGAGCCGAGCAGGCCGAAGACUCGGCCGAAGCCCAGCUGGCAGCCAAGGAUGCAUCGCGCGACCUCUAUGCGGGUGACCCCUGGGGUCGCGAGGAGCAGCACAAGCAUGAGCGCCGCCAAAGGCUGCGCGAGAAACGCCGCCGAAGAGACUCCCCGACGCAAGCCAGCGAGUAUGAAACGCACAGUCGCCAUGGCACCGGCACCGGAGUCGAAGUUUAGGCCUCGUGCUUCCCAAUCUUGGGACACAUUCGAGUCACGCGAAGCGAAGCGUCGUUGCGCAUUUCCUAGAUCAAGUAUAAUUAUUGCCGUUUACUCGUUGUCAGACUGCGAACAUGUCCCAUAUAUGUUUCAGCUGGAAAACCGUUUCUUUCUUGUGUAAGCUCGUAUGGGCGGUAUGUUCCGUUUGUCGUUAUCCAUGGAAUUGUUCAAAAUGCUUGUAUAAAGUUAUAUUCCCA